AUGGAGUCGAAUUAUCCCACUGUUGAAGAUGUUGAGAACGAGAAGCCCACCGACGUUGCAGCGAAGCUACAUGAAAAGCAGCUGAUAAUUGAUGCGCAGUAUGAAGAAGAAAAACAAGGAGACUACUACAGUGCGCAUGCUUGUUCUGUGAAUGAGCUAUUGUUCGGUCGAGAGGGCGACAUACCCUUAUCCACGAAAGAAAGGGAGCCUAUCUCAUCGCUUCACGGGGCUGGCCUUAGUCCACCGGAUGAGGACAUUUCAGACCUAGAGAACUACAGUCCGCCGCGUGUGCAAGUGGGUGGCGACCAGAUCAGGAUGAAAACUGAGGACGCUCCUGCUCCUGAUGACAACGAGACUGAGAAUCCAGAGCUCUUGAGGUUCGAAAGUGUUCCUGGCAAUCAAACAGCAGUGUCCGGCUCAUCUCCGAAAGAGGACUCGCCCGAAGUAAUGCUAUCGACACCAAUGCUAGACGAGUACAACAAUGGACAUAGCGAACUGGAGGAAAAAAUUGGGCGAGAUGACGCAGCGGGAAGAUAUGGUGACCGUGAUUGCGAUUGCAAAGUCGCGGCUUAUGCACCAGAUUUGGACGCACCCUCAGCUGCUUCGGCCGCACUAGAAAAAAUGUAUUCCGUGGGUGAGACCUCCGCGUGCUCGCAGCAGAGCGACAGCAGCAGCCCAAAAGUGGACGGUGAACGUCUAGUACGCGUAGGGAAAAGUAGCCGAAAUCGGUCAGCGGACGACGUAACCGGAGAGGAGGAUGAACAUGCCGACCUGAGUCACUCGACGGAGGACACAAGUGCAAGUUUGGCGGCUGCCGGUGUCCGAGAAUCAAUGUUUACGAAGGAAGAGGAGUCAGUGAGCACGAGUCGGAGUCUCCAAGGGAGGAAACAAGACCAAGGAUCGGCAUCCACUUCAUCUAGUGCAGCAGCCGGCGGGCUGCGGCUGCCAGACACUCUAGCUGACCCCGCAUCGCCGGAUUCACCGCCCGAAAACGCCAUGACGCUGACCGGCAAGGUAAAGAAACAGGUUGCGCAGUCACCAUUCUUGGUUGAAGAGUCACCCGAGGACGACGAUGGCGCGGAACACGUUGCAGUUACAAACUGGGGUGAGGUAUGGAAUGAGAAAUUUCCAGAGAGGAAGAUUACUGGUGGAGACUCUGACGCCUAUGUUCAGACGGGCUCAUUGACUGGUGCCCCCUAUGGAAAGGGUGCGUCUGCCUACAGCGGUGCUUCGAAUCACAGCUCGUACGCAGGUGAAAAAGGACACUACCAGCAAUAUCAAAACUACAACUCUCAACUUGCAUCCAGCAAAGGAAAGUACGGUGCAGGAUACCAUGGGAGCCAGUACCAGUAUGCUGGAGCAGGGGUUGCUUUCGGAAAGGACAGCGGGAAGACAAGUGCUGCGUGGAGCGAGAAGGAUCAACAUGGCAAAGGUGGCUACUAUGCAAAUGGGGGAAAGGAGAAGGGCUACGGAGGCAUCGCGCCUGGGUAUGGAUCCGUCACUAGCGGUGGAGGCAGUCAUAGCCAAGGGUCCACGCCUCCCGGUACUAGCGGCCCCUCUUCAUCGCUUGGUCUACCUGCGUCGAGAGGACACUACAUCGGAAAGGACGCUUCUGGCAACUUGAUCAAGGGUGCGCCUCCUUCAGCUGCUGGGAAGCCAGGAACGAUGGCUGGUGGGAAGCCCGUAGCACUAACACAUCAACAUGCCGGGAUGCCAGGCGGCAUGUCAAUACCUGGAGGUGGCAAGCCUGGCGCAAGUUACCCCUGUGGAAAGUACGGUAGUGGCUAUCCCCUGAGCAAGGGCGCACCCAACACGGAAGGCCAAAGUACAAUGGUCGGCGCUGGAACCGCUGGUGCUUUGCCUGGACCGAACAGCAAAGGCGGGAGUCCGCCAUCAGCACCGAGCAAGGGCAGCACCAACUACCACAUGCUGCAGAACCCUGCGGUCGUUGGAUACAACGGCAAACCCUCUGCCGCGAUGAUGAAUACGAAAGCUGGGCUAGUACCUGGGUCAAGCACGACAGGUUCAAAUUUCUCUGCAACGCCGAGCAAAACCACUGCACGGCCACCGGGGCUCAGCGCUCCAGUGCCUGCGUCCUCUAGUGCAGGUGCACCGAAUGGUCUGCCAACUUCUGGGGCGUCAUCGUCGAUGCGACCGAAUGUAGCAGCCCCAAGACCACCGACCGCGGCAGCAGCAAGUGCGGCAGCGCUUCCGCACGCGGCUUUAGCGGGUGGACCGCUGCCACCCGCUCUGAUGCAUCCCGCCAACCUAGCUGCUCUUCCGCCACAUAUUGUAGCACAGAACCCAAUGUUGGCGCGUGCACAAGCCGGCUACGCCGCUGCCGCAGUGGCGGUGGCGCAACAGCAACAGCGGGUCCAGCACGCUGCUGCCGCGUUGGCGUCUUUGCAGGCGAAGGGAAAGGCACCACCGCAGCUUGCAGCAGGCAAGGGAGCGCCGCCACCCCCCGUACCAGGACGGGUCCCACCAGCGGCUCGAGCGGUACCCAUGGCCCUUGGAGCAGCAACGAGGAAUGGCGCAGGAGGUAUUUGUUUCUAUUCAUUGUACUUGUUGUAUUACAUAUAUGCAGCAGUCCAGGGUGGAGCUGGUUCAGGCUGGGGCUCGCUCUGGUUCAGGCUGGAACGCUCGCAACUUUUUAACUUGUUUUCACUCCGAUCCCACCCUGGCCCAGGUUUUUGCAAUAGUAUUCUACUCCGGCCCAAACCAGUCCAGGGGGAAAAUUCUCCCACCCGGAACCAAGUCGCGGCCGUGAUAAUUAUGCGCCUACUUGGUGAUAGACAGGAGACGGGCUCGGGCAACCCUCUCGAGGGAAAGCGCAAGCUUGGGGGGCCUUUUGCUUAGGCACCUUGGUAACCCGGCAGGCUUGCCACGGUUGUGCCUUGAAGUCGGGGCGGCAGUGCCAGGGGAAGCGACUGGGCGCCCGUAUUUACUGGCGACUGAGUCCCUCCGGGGGGCUCAGCGCAGCUUCCAUCCCUGACCGGGGGCGAGCAGCAUGGGGCGGCAAGGAGACAAAGACGAGCACCGCUUGGCGGCGCUGGUCUGCGGCCGCUGGUGCAAGUUGUUGCGCCGUCUGGUCUUUGCUGUCUCGCUCGCUCUUCCAUCAAGAUCCAGGCGCCAGCAAUGAGGACGAGGCCCAAGCGAUGGAGGAAGUGCCUGCGGUUGAGGUUUAUCAGUCGCUCGGCGACGGCUUCGCUGCGUGUGGCAUUCCGACCAUCGUGAACGGCCGCGCGCUGUCGAUCUCAGAGUGAGGGAGCCGGCCUCUGCUCUUCGUUGUCAUCAGUACUCAUAGGGGUGCGGCCGCUUGUGGCCUUCCCUUGGUCGACUCUGCCAGCCAGGAGGGGAGCCUUGUCGCGUCCUUGUAGAUUGCCCCCCCUCAAAUUUUUGCAAGGCAGGGCAGCGUGGCGCAAGUAGAUUAUCGUCUUGAGAUCUUCGACCAGCGUGCCGCUUGCGUGUCUCUGCCGUCUUUGCUUGCCUCUUCGCUUCUUUCUCGCGUUUAGUUUUGUCCGCGCUCGCCCUUUUCAUCUUGGUUCCUACACCCUCCCAUCCCUCGGGCCCUUUCGCUUCUGGCGCCCCCCUCUUCUUGUUCUCAGCUCCCCUGCCUCUCCCGUCUUGCAUCCCCUCCCCUGCUCUUCCGGCACCUCCCCCUCGUCCCCUUAUUUUCUCCUUUGAUUGUCCACCGUUCUUGAUCGCCUUGUCUGUCACCAAUCCCCUCUUCUGAUCUCGGCUUUCCACUCUGGCCCACUUUCUACUCUGGACCGCUAUCCCACCCUGGACCACUCCAUAUAUUUGCAUUUGCUUAUAAUUUGUAUCAUCAGACUCAGCUUCAGACCAAUGAAUAAAGAUUGUUUCUUUGUUAUCCUCAUUCUCGAUCGAGAUCAACAAAAACCGUAAACAAAACAGUGCUUCCACCGCCUGCAAGUGGUGGAAAAGAAGGGCUCGCUCAGUCUUCACAAGCUGCGGCCUAUGGAUCAUCUUUUUUGCCGCCAGGACGCAACAGUCAGCUUUCUGCAGACGCACCAGCAUUCGUUCCAACAACUUCCGGAGGCCGUCCUCCAGUCCUGUCACGCGAUAGCAACAUCAGUGACAAGAGUUGGUCACCAACUGACAGCAAUGCGGACGAAGGUAUAAUCAAAACUUUAGGUUACUUAUGGUUAUGCACUUGAUUUUGUAGUUGCAGAAAUUCAUAACGAUGUCCUUCGAUCUGAGUAUGCUUUCGUGUUCCGAUCUAUGAUCGUUUGUCUCUUGGCUGCCCUUGAAGGUGAAGACACUUUUUUCGGACUCUAUUCCUUUCCGGCAUUUUCUUAAUCGUCCGGUCGUUGUCGUACAACAACAUAUCAAAUUUGAAAUAUUCAAACCCAUCAUAGUUCUCAUGUUCAACAUCAGGCGAGCUCAAAGUGUGGAGCGUGUAUUUCCAGGGACAGUACGUUGCAAAUGUAGAGGAAAAUGGUGAGGAGUAUGCAGUCGUGGACUGCAAGCAGAUGGAUGAGUUGUUUGGAUGCGGCCCACUGCGAGUUCCUAAGGUAUAUUUCCAGAACAAACUCGUCAUUGGCAAUGUCCUCGCUUUUCGCGUAGAACGCGAUCCAAAAGCUAGACGAGGCGUGGCGUUCAAGAAGGGGUCGCAGAAGAGCCCGACCACCGUAGACUACUACGUAGGUACCGUGCGCGAAUUGGUAGCAUAUUCUAGAACCGAGGCGGAGAUGACGCUCCAUUGCCUAGGAACAAAAGCGAUAUUUGGGAACGACGUGAAAGGCUACGCAAACUCAAUCAUGCCCUUGAACGGAAAGCUCAGAAUGGGCGAUGUGGU